CUCUAUUUUAUCUGCAGCUGGGGAUCACAAGACAGUUAAUCUGUUAAACAACCAUCAUUCCUCAACAGUCUCCUCAAGCUCGGCUUGGUGCGCAACUGGUUCUUUGCAUUCUGCAAUCAUUCCAAGCUACACAAGCAGCCGAUCUGCCUCUCAAGCAGCAGCACAAGCGUCUGGGACUGGGCCGAAAAAGCGUGUAUUGACCAACUCUGCAAUACCUGAGUCCGGAGUCGCAGAAGGUGGUUCCUCUGAGGGGUUGGGAUCUGCUGUUCGAUGCAAAGAGGAAGGAGUAACAAGUGGCGCCGGGAGUUCAGAUGCGGAAACACAGCUUUUCUUCGCUACUGAUAUUACAAAGUGCAUAUUUCCUUUGAAGAAAAAAUUUAAUUGCAUUAUUUGGUGUUGA